AUGGCCGACGACGCUCCAGACGCCAGCCCCAAGACGGAGCCCCUCAACGUCGACGCCAACGAGGACGCCGAGACCCGCGCCGCACGCCGCGAGCUCAAGCAGUCGUCCAUCUCCGACCCUCCUCCGCCCGACGCCGACAACGCCAGCGCUCGCCCCGACACCCCGGCCGACCCCGACACCUUGGCCGAUGCCCCCGACGACAGCGACUUGAAGGACCAGGUCGCCUCGCCCAAGAAGAAGCGUGCGCAUGACCAGCUCGACGGCGAGAAGGAGGCUGAGGAAAACGAUGCGAACAGUGUAGCGUCGACCGAUUCCGCAAAGGACAGGGCCUUGCGACUGGAGCCCGAGAAAAAGCGACACCGAGAUGAAGAGUCCAACGAGACGGACCUGGCAUCAACGGCAACAGCCACUGAAGAAAACACCGAGCCUGGCAAGUCACCAGCCAAGAAACACCAACCAACGACGUCGGCGAGUGCCUUUGCCGCCUCCAGCUUUGGCAAACUGUCGUCGGGCGCGUCGCCCUUCGCAACCUUUGGGGGCGCUUCUAAGGGUAGCGUCUUUGCGUCUUCUGGCACUUCUACGCUCACUUCUUUUGCUUCUCCGGUUGCCGCUCCGGCUGCCCAGCCUGCCGCUGCCCCAAAGUUGACAUUCGGUGGCACGACUGGCGCAUCGCCCUUUGCUGGUCUCUCAACUGGAACCAAUGGCUUUGGAAGUACCCUGGGCGGAAGCGCUUUUGGCUCUGCUCUGUCCGGUAUCAAACCCCUGGGCAGCUUUGCGGCUCCUGGAGGAGAGGCACCCAAGACUGAGAAGCCCGCCAAGCCCUUUGGUGCUCCCGAUAGCGAUGCCGAGGAUAGCGAUGAGGAGGGAUUGGGCGACGACGAUGCUCAACCUGAGGAAGCCGAGCGAGCUCAAUCACCAGAGAAAGAAUCCGAAGAGAAGAAGAAGCUUAAGCUCCAGAAGGUUGAGGUAAACGACGGCGAAGCGGGCGAGUCAACCAUUAUAUCCGUAAGAGCCAAGAUGUUCUACCACGAUAAGGAGGCCGGUUGGAAAGAACGAGGAGCAGGCAUGUUGAAGAUCAAUGUGCCCCAAGUCUGCGUCGAGUUUGACGACGCUGGUGCUGUUGUUCCCGGUUCCUUUGAUGCUUCAUCACUAGAGACGGAUGACAGUGCAGGCGGCUCGAAGGGACACAGGGUUGCCCGCCUCCUCUUGCGACAGGAUCAGACUCAUCGUGUCAUUCUCAACACGGCGAUUUUGCCCACAAUGGAGUUCCAGGAAAAGGCCUCAUUGAAGUCUGUUGGAAUUCUUUUCACAGCUUUUGAGGGCGAACCAGCGAAGCCUGUGAGCAUUACGAUGCGGAUGACGGCAGCAAAUGCUAAGACCUUUAUGAACGAAAUCGGCGUCAUUCAAAGAGAACUCCUGAGCAGCUAG